GCAAAUAUAGAAGGAAAAUCAGUCAUGACCAAUGCGACAUGUACUUAUUUGCUUGAUGUCAUUGUCACCCAUUUAAAGACAACAACGAUACACAUUAAAAAUCCCGAGAAGUUACGAGUGGAUGUUCAGUUCAACAACCUGCCGCUGCAGAUAACAUCGAGUCGCAUUAAUGUGCAUGACUUUAAGGGCGAAUCAACGUUCGAGUUCCAGGGCAAUGCUCAAGCUUUACAGGAAAAUAUAGAAACCAAUGGAAUGCCCGUGACAGUUAGGUACUAUGGCAAAGUCAUCGGUAAAGGUAAUAUCAAGUUUCCUUCAGUGUUUACUAGUCGCAUAGACGAAUACAUGGAUGAUAUCUUGUGUGAAAGUAGUUGCAACUUUGAGCUGCAAGGUACAGUCACCGGCGUGCUUGAGGUACUCUGUCGCCUAUACUUAAAGUGUAAUGAAAUGUCAAGUCCGGAGAAGCUUGACUGUAACCAAAAAAUGAAGCAAAGCAUUCAUCCGAGUGACAUUAUGUUUGUUUUGGGGGAAACUCAGCACUGUGCCACUUCCUGCGAUUUUUGCCCAGACAUACUGCAGCCAGAUGACGACAAUCUGCGUUCUGAAUUAGAUUCAACUCAGGUUCCCAUACCCAAUGCUGAUCCCCUUCGACCGAUGGAAACUCUUGCAGGGCGCCCAGUAGCCAGCGCCGCCACUUGUGGAAUAAAGACUUUAGGAAUGAGACCUGAGCGAUUUGUUGAGUUAGUCGCAAGGGGCUCGGAUCACAGUCACCCAUUCAAAUUAUCUGCCCGCAAAACUAAUGAAAGAAUCAGCGAUCAACUUAAGUUUCUGCCAAAUAGUCGCAGUACGCCGAAUAUUAUGUUCUCUUUUCUCGAUCCAGCUAAACAGGUCAUCAAUGAGGACGUGUACGAUCCACAGGUAAUGCCAGGGCCAAUCAGUGAGAAAUAUAAUGCAGGUAUAAAGGAAAAACGCUUCUGUCCUAUCUGCCUAACCAAUAUGUCGUGGCUGCCCAAAUUUGCCACCUGUGUCAACUGUGGUAUUAAGCCAGUUAUUGAGGAACAGCAUAAGGAGAAGACACAAAAUGCUGAUGAAAUUUUAUAUGAUAUUCUGGAUAAGCCGGCAGAAAAUAUAGAAGAAGAAGUUGCCGUUGAGGGAAAAGAUCAAAAACCUGGAUGUCGUUGCACCUGCAGUAGCGGAAGAACCUGCGCCCACUGUCGAAUACGUAAACUCUGCGCUGAUAUUUUUCAUGAUGAUGAAGAGCCCAGUGCUAUCCCCGACACAAAAACGAACACGAUCGAGGACAUUUGCAUGGAAAAUAAGAGCUCAGUGAAAAGCGGUGUACAUCUUACGAAGGUAUUCUCCGAGCUGCGCGAUCUAUACGACAUCAAUACAACUAAGUUGUCGGACAAGUUGAAUGAGAAAUGCGACUUGUUGGUAGCCAAACAAAAGGACAAAACCUCAGAUCUGAAAGCCAAGCAAAAGUUAAAAAAUAAGAGCGUGAUCAAAGCUGAAAGAGCUAUGUCUACAACUGCAUUGCAAAAGCGAUCGCUCUUCAAAGAAAGACACAAGCUCUGUGUUCAGCUGCCUAGCAACGUGCCGCCCAAUCACGGAUGGGCUUGGACCUCCAGCGAUGAAACACGCAAGUACGGCUGGCAACCCGGCUUCGUUCGCAAGUCCAUCAAAAAGAUAAUGAAGUUUUUCUUGCAAUACCUACCCGAACGCAAUGCCUUCAACAGGUGUAUGAACGUGCCAAAGAAAGAAAAUGAACAAACCACUCUGCACGUGAGCAAGAAGCGUGGCGAAAUCUUCAUCACACUGCGAGCUGCCAAUAGCACGCAACCAGAGCUGAAACCGAUUGUGUUUAAGAUAGUCAAAAGUGAUUUGGCCGCCGCUCUAAGCCCGAUCAAGAAGAAGCUUAAGGCCAAAGGUUUUCCUAAGUGCACCUGCCACAAGCCGUUGAUGAUGUGCGUCUGUCGCAGCAAUAUAGAGAAAAGGGAACUUGAGGACGCUCUACGAAAGGAGUGCAAACGUCGCGGCAUGGAGAGUUGUGUGAACGAUCUGGUGCUGACAGACACCAGUGACAGCGAACUAGAGUUCGACAUCAAUGUGACAGCGCCGACGGGCGAUGCGAUACCGAAACCACAGACCGUUAAUCAGGCAACCCAGCUUACCAAAGUUAAUCUAUGCAUACCACCAAAAUACCCCCUCAAGCAAAAUCUCUUCCGGCGCGUCUAUGACUGUGCUGCUAGUGGUCGAUACACGGGCACAGCUUUCGGCGGACCAGCAGAGAUAGUGCUUGAGGAUGGUGUCUUUGGAAAUAUGAAUGGCGGUCUGUAUGCCGGCAAUACUACGCCGUGGAGUACAAACAGUCACUCGGAUAUUUGUCGUGGCAACUCUAGAGUGCCUAUGCGCAGUGGGCAACAGGCUGGAGGCAGAUUUUUAAAAAGUAUGUUUGCUCCCAACUUCAGAGGUCGCAUUCUCGAUGAUGGACGUUUUAUAGGCGAGAGAGGUGGGCAGAUAACGCCUGAUUCAAGGAAGAAAAUGGAUGACGCGAAAAGCGGCUCUAAAUUAACUUCAGAGAUGAAAGCCAAAAAUGCGAAUAAGGAAAAUGAAAAUGGGAAGAGAAAAUUGAAUUGGGACACGAGUCCUUUGAGGAAAAACGUAGCCUGUUCCAAGCGAAGAGCGCUGCUUUCCCAGGAUAGAGGCGUGGACACACAGCAAAGACGAUGCACUCUUAGGCAAGUUUGUGCGCCUUCCUACGAAUUAGUAAACCGGAGAAACUACCUAAUAUACUAAGUGUCUAGGUGCCUAUUUUAACAAAAUCUAAACAUAAAUUAUUAAACGAGUCAAUGUAAAGUGAAUGUA